AUGAUUAGUGCAAAAUCAUGGCUGGAGCUUCAAAUUGUUGGAUACACAGUAAGCUCCUUAGUUUAUAAAGAAGCUCAAGUUAGCGCUUACACGAUGCAGCAUUGUUUUUACGGCAGAAAUCACUGUCUGCUGAAAACUGCUAUCGAAUCACAAAUAAAACAUGAAAUUGGUUUUGAAAAAGAUCGGAUGAAAAUACGAGUACAAAGUGUAAAAUAUCAUGUGGAUCAAUACCAUCAGAUAUGUGCAGUGCGUUCGGAUAAGUCUCAUUUUGCUUUGUCAAUUGGUGUUCUUCAAGAAUUUUUACUUGUGCGUAAUUUUGAAAAUGUCGAGUUGCCGUCAUUGUCUGCUAACGCUGUUUGA